CUGUUUGAAGGGGGAGACGGAAAAGAACCAACCAGGGGGAAUGUCUGAGGGAGUCUGGGGGAACCGGUGAUCAGGAGAGACUUUGCACGACAAACUGCAUGAAGCACUGGUUUUAAAAUCUUCCCAGUGUCGCUGGAAAUAGUUGGGAUAUUGAUGCCUUUGAGUAAGUCAGUGGAAGAAACUUCUACCUACAGCGCUUUUUGCGGUGCGCUUUUUUUGCCUGACUUUGAUUUCGCUGGAUUUUACGCGACGGUGGUGGGAUCAACCAAAACAACAACACAAGGGGGGAAAGCAAGAAGACGUUCUUACGAGAGGAGACUUUUUUUUUUUUUAAGAAGUCUGUUCUUUUUAAAAGGGAACUGAAACGACACGGACCGGUUUGCUUUGGUCACGUCGGUGGAUGAUCACGUUUCUACUCGCAGCAAAACUUUUUUCAGCGCACAACCACAAGGAUCUAUGAGCUGCUGAGAUGCGGUGAUGGAGCCCGCCGAUGUUUCCAAGAUGACUGCUCUCGUUUUUUCCAGGGAUUGUAGCUUUUCAACUACAACCAUGAGCCGGUUUAAGUGGUCUUUUUUUACCCUCAUCGUCGUUUUAUCCGCAUGGAGGCCAGUCACUGCUGGGACUUUGACAGAAUUGGAGUUCGAGCGGAGUCCCACUACCAUCAUCUCCUCGCUGGGAAAACCUGUGACAAUGCACUGCACCCUGAAAGGUUCAGGGGGCGAAGAAGAGGACCCUCCCGAUGUGCUCUGGCUAAGAGACGGCGUGCCUCUCCAAUACGCUGACACCAACCAGAUCCAAGUCCCCACCGACAUCAACAGUUGGACGAUAAUGAGCACGCUCAGAAUUGAAAAGGUCCAGCUUUCCGACAUGGGGUCCUAUCAAUGUGCCGUUUUAUCAGAAAGCCAGCAGACUCUGUCCGAGGAGGGGGGAAUCCAGCUGGAGGGCCUUCCUCAUUUCUCGGUGGAACCCCAGCACACAUCUGUGGUAGCCAACCUCUCCUUGAGCCUGAGCUGUGUGGCCCAUGGACCUCCAGAGCCAGUCAGGGUCAUCUGGCUGCAGGACGGAGCUCCUCUCAACUCUCUGACAGACCCGGUGGCCCUGUCGCCGUCAACACUCAACCUCACAGGUUUGAACAGGACCAGCACCUUUUCUUGUGAGGCCCAUAACCGCAAAGGGGUGGCCACCUCUGGAUCGGGAACCAUCACUGUUCUUCCAUCGAGGCCUCAGAAUGUGAGAGCUGAAGAGAUCACCUCGACCAGCCUCCGCUUAUCAUGGCAGCCUGGUUUUGGAGGCGACUACCCGAUAAUCCGUUGCUCUGUUCAGGCCAAACAUUCGGGAGGGCCCUUCACAUCAGGCCCCGAUAAGAUGAUCCACAACCAGAAUGUGAACAUCCCACCAGCCACACACCUGAUCGGGGAUCUGGAGCCACACAGCCUCUACUCCGUCAGGGUGGCCUGUCACAGCAGCCAGGGCCCGUCUGACUGGUCGUCCUGGGUGGAGCUACGCACCAAAGAAGGAGUGCCAGAAAACCCGCCUGUUAACGUCACCGCCGUGCUCAACGGGACAGAGGUGCUGAUGGUGUGGGAGGAGCCUCCAGGGAAGCUGAAUGGAGAACUUCAGGGCUACGUGGUGGAGUACAGCACACCUGCAGCCCCGCAGUUUGUCGUGGAUGCUGGAUUGGACACUGAGCUGUCAAUCAAUCUGUCUGUCCCCCUGUCCAAUGUGUCCUUUCGAGUGUGCGCUUACACAGGGGCCGGGCAAGGACCCUGGACCCCCAUACAGACUGUGACACUUAUUGCCCCCGAAAUGGAGGAAUUUCGAGGUCCCUCUUCCCCUCCGGCCUUUUCCUGGCACUGGUGGUAUGUGGUGAUGGCCAUUGCCGGUGCCGUAUCCAUAGCUGUUCUCAUGGCUGUUUACGUGGCCAAGCUGCGGCGCAAGGAGACACGCUUUGGAGAGGCGUUUGAGCCGAUGAUGGAGAGCGGAGAACUGGUGGUCAGGUACCGUGCACGCCGCACCUACAGCAGAAGGACUACAGAGGCAACAUUGAACAGCCUUGGCAUCAGCGACGAGCUGAAGCAGAAGCUCCAAGACGUGAUGGUGGACAGACAUAAACUAACCCUGGGAAAGACGCUGGGAGAAGGGGAGUUCGGCUCCGUGAUGGAGGGCCUUCUGACUCAGGAGGAGUCUGUUCUCAAAGUUGCUGUCAAGACCAUGAAGAUUGCCAUCUGUACACGCUCAGAGAUGGAAGAUUUUCUGCGCGAGGCUGCCUGCAUGAAAGAGUUUGACCAUGCCAAUGUCAUGAGGCUUCUGGGUGUGUGUCUGCAGACCGUGGAGAGUGAAGGUUACCCCUCCCCCGUGGUCAUCCUGCCUUACAUGAAACAUGGAGACCUGCACAGUUAUCUGCUCUACUCUCGGCUGGGAGACUGUCCUGUGUACCUCCCGUCUCAGAUGCUGGUGAAGUUUAUGACCGACAUUGCCCGAGGGAUGGAGUACCUCAGCAGCAAGAAUUUCAUCCACAGAGACCUCGCUGCUCGCAACUGCAUGCUGAACGAGAACAUGAACGUGUGCGUGGCUGACUUCGGCCUCUCCAAGAAGAUCUACAACGGGGACUACUACAGGCAGGGCCGGAUCUCAAAGAUGCCCGUCAAAUGGAUCGCCAUCGAAAGCUUGGCUGAUCGAGUGUACACCACCAAGAGUGACGUGUGGUCGUUUGGAGUCACCAUGUGGGAGAUCGCCACGCGGGGUCAGACUCCGUACCCUGGGGUGGAAAACAGCGAGAUUUAUGAUUACUUGAGACAGGGGAACCGUCUCAAACAGCCUCCGGACUGCCUGGACAGCAUUUACUCCAUCAUGUUCUCCUGCUGGCUUCUGAGCCCGAAGGAUCGUCCAUCGUUUCAGUCUCUGUGCUGGGAGCUGGAAAAGGCCCUGGAGGAUCUGCCAGACCCCCAGGACCCCGACGAGAUCCUGUACGUCAACAUGGACGAGUCCUCCAUGGAGCUCGGUGCCGUCGGUGGCCGCGACCCCAUUGGGGGUCCGUCUCCUCUUUGCCUGAAGGGUCUUGACUCGGUGACCACGGCGGAGGUCCACCAACCGAACCGGUACGUCCUCUGCCCCCAGCACGAGACCAACAGAGCCCUGUGUGACUCCCUGGAGAGCCUGGACAUGCCCGUGUCGUCCUCCACAGCCACGCUGCCCUUACAGCCAUCCUGCCACUCCACCCCAAACCCCACCCCAACUGUGGAGCUGCAGGAGGACAGGGAGGGGUCCAGGAAAAUGCCCUGGCAAUGAUGGCUUUACUCUUAAAAAAAGUUACUCAUCACUGCCAAAAACUGUGCCAUCCUCGCUCCAGGCAGAGAACGGGAACCAGCCUCUCGCUGCUGACUGUAAGACACCUGAAUACAUGAUUUGCACAAACACUCUCACACACACACUCAGCAGAAUGCAUUCCAAGGAAGUCCAGGAUUGUUUUUUUUAAUUUGUGUUGUUGCCCCCCCCCCCUCCCUUCUAAAUGAACACAUCUACGAGUGAGUGUUACAGAAAUAUGAGAUCAGUGUGGCUGGAGGGAAAAUUCAUGCAACAUACACCGCAGCACAAUCAAAGAAAUCCACACACCCCUGACGCUAUAGCAAUAAAAUACCGACUACCUUGUAGACAGAAGAGUUAUCCUCCUUCACGUCUUUAAGCUAAAAAAAAAAAAAGAAAAAAGAAAGAAGUAAAGUCUCUGUGAAACCAGCUCACACACUGCCAGACUGACACACAACCAAACACACUCAGGAGCUUGAACUGUCCAUGGAGAAAGCGCUGAAGUAGAAGACUCACACCAGCUGAGGAAAGGGAUGGAGGAACUCACCCAUCUGAAUCUCUGCAUCAGUACAUCCUCCUGCAGCAAGAUCCGAGGGGAUCUGGAGGAGCAGACCGGCUUUUUUAAAGGUCAUGUUGACGCACGUUUGUGAAGGACUACUCGGGAUUCUUGGGCUGAAAUCAUAAAACUUGUUGUUGCACCCUGAUUUUUAUACUUUAAGCUCUUGUUUUUGGUUAACAGAUGGAAGAACGUUCUCCCCAACAUGAAAAUCUUGUAACCUUAUGAUUGCUAUUCUUAAAAGUUAGGACUCCAUUUCCCAACAUCAGCUGACUUACAUAUCACAUUUAAAAACAACCAUUAAUACUGCAGGAUUAGAGCAGAUUUCAUGAAGCUGCUGAAAAGAGGACUCUGUUUGCAUGACAUCAUAUUAAACCCCUGAAUCUUCUCCAGGUCUUCUACUGCUAGUCGUGCUUCAAGCACCAUGAGCCAUCUUUCCUCACCUUUUACAAGUCCUGAUUCACCUGGUUUAUACAUCUAUGUCCUAACUCAGGAAGCUGAGACUCAGCAGGAACAGAGGUACUGGUCACAUCUGGAGGGUACAAACACUCAGAGGUAGUUUGACGGAGAGAGAGAGUCGGUACAGUCGAUGGAGUAAGCUCCUCACCUUGUGUUAGACUCAAGCACAGUGUUAUUACAAGUGUAUUUGUUUUAUGCUGUUUUUUUUUAUUUCUACAACUUUGCACUAAUGUUUUAUGUUAUUUGUAUAUCUUUUUAGGAUUUUGUUUUUUACGUUUUGGACAUUCUGUAAAUGCCUUGCAUGAAGUCGGCCGACAUGUAACAACCCUUUAUAUUCAUAAAGACCGAGAACAAAGCCUGUGAAGCAUGGCAGGGCUGCUGAUAUCCAGUCGAAGGAUUGUUCUCAGUAAAUGAGCGGGGACUGGGAAACAUGACUAACCUCGUCAUCUGACAUCACCGUGCCACUUUUGAUUUUGGGGAUGUGUUUGUUUCUCGAGGUUCAGUGCUGUAAAUAGAAGUCUGUUAGACGCAGAGUCGAGCAUGAGGACACAGGAAGCAGCGGAUGAAAAAACAAACGAAAGUGUGGUCCUCCAAACGUCAGCUUUGGGUAAUUCACCAGCUGCAACUUUGCAUCAUGCAUGCACUUAUUUUUAUACAUAAAUAUAUUUGUUUAAGGUCAUAGUUUGUCGUUGAAUUGGACCACAUUUCAACACAGUUUGGGAGAACAUUUGUCUGAAUGAGGUGCUGUGUUUUUCUGCUGCAUCAAAAGGUACUUGUGUAUAAAACGAGUAGACAGUGGGGGGUAGUUAAGAGGACAUGUACAUUUCUUGAAAUACCUUUGGUACUGUGUACUCAGAAUGAAAGUCAAACAAUGUUUGUGAACCACAGGACGCGCUGCUGAGACUGAGGCACGCUUUAUUUUGUUCUGUAAAAACAUUUCACAUUUGAAUAUGAUACAACGUGGUUACACCAAGAACCGUGUUUGGGCUUUGAAAAGAAACAUCUUGUAAAGUAUAAUUCAGCAAAAGUGAAAAUCCCUCAUGACUCAUUCUGCCUUACAUCUAUGAAUUUCAUCACCUAACCUUCAGUGCCUUCAGAGAGCCAGUGUUUUCAUCAUCACAGGUGAUGUGUGAUUGUGAUUCUCCUGGUGUGUUCAAUUGGGAGAAGACUGUAUAUAUCUAUAGUUGCCUUUAUAUCGUCAUGAUUUGUAAACAAAUUUUGAUACAAUACCUACAAUAUUUUGUAUAAGAAAUAAAAAUUAUCAACAUGA